CCAGCGCCCCCUGUGGGCAAACUACAGCAGCUCAGACGCAGGGCAGGAGUCGUCUGUGAGCAGCACGUCAGAAACCUGGUCCAACUCCAGGACCAGUUCAAACCGUGAGAAUGAUGUUGACGGCCAAAACCUUGUAAGGAAAGCAUUGAGGCGAGCAGAAGCACGGCCUAAAAGUCUGGCUAAAAGUAUGGAGGACAUCACAGCAUCUGUAUCACCACGACAAGAAAGAAGGCAGGAUCCAACUGCAGACAUUAGACGCAUUAGUGAUGUUUCAUCCAUCCCGUCACCCUCCUCGUCCUUAUAUUCGGAUAUGGACCACCUGAAGAAGAUGAGCAAAUCGGUUCCUUCAUUCUUACAGAAGGAGGAUGUUGGCAGAGACACUGACUCCACCUGCGAGGACAGUGACCACCCAGGAAGUCUAAUGACGGGCAGCUCUUUGAAUAACCUCACCGGCUCCUCUGGCAUGGCGUCUUUGUCUUCUCUGAGUGGCAGUGUGAUGACCAUGUACAGCGGGGACUUUGGGAAUGUGGAGGUUCAGGGAAACAUCCAAUUCUCCAUCAACUACGUCCAGAGGCUCAGAGAGUUUCACAUCUUUGUGGUUGAGUGCCAAGACCUGGCCGCAGUCGACCCAAAGAGGGGCCGCUCAGAUCCGUAUGUCAAAAGCUACCUGUUUCCCGACAAAGCUAAUCUUGGAAAGAGGAAAACAUCUGUGAAAAAGAAGACACUAAAUCCAACUUUCAAUGAGAUCCUCAGAUAUCGUGUUCGCAUGGAGUACCUCCGAACCCAGACACUCAUUCUUUCCGUUUGGCACAACGAUACCUUUGGCAGAAACAGUUUCUUGGGCGAGGUAGACGUGGACCUCUCUAAGUGGGACUUUGACCACACCCAGAUGAACUACUUAGCUUUGAAAGCAAGGACUGUAUCCACUCUAGCGCCAUCACAUGGUCGAGGAGAGAUGAGAAUAGCCAUACGUUUCCUGCCUGAGAUCGUCCACAGUAAAGGAUUAGCAAAGGAUGAGCCCAACACUGGAGAAAUUCACAUUUGGGUGAAGGAAUGCAAGAACCUGCCUCUAAUCAGAGCCACCAUCGACCCAUACGUGAAGUGCUUUGUGCUGCCGGACACGAGCAGGAAGAGUCGCCAGAAGACACGUGUGCUGCGGAGGACAGCGGACCCAGCGUUUAACCACACGAUGGUGUAUGACGGCAUCAGACAGGCAGAUCUAUCAGAAGCCUGCGUGGAGCUCACAGUCUGGGACCGAGACAGGCUGGCCAGCAACCUGCUGGGAGGCCUGAGGCUUGGAGUUGGAACAGGCAGAAGUUACGGAGCACCAGUGGACUGGAUGGACUCAACUCCCUAUGAGGCGGCCCUGUGGGAGCGCAUGAUAGCCACCCCGAGUGAAUGGGUGGAGGACCUGCUCCCUUUAAGAGUGCUCAACUCUGCUAAAACUGGUUUCAAAUAAGUCAAUGUGUGAAAUCACAAUGAACUAACAUUAACACUCUUAUUUUUGUAGUACUUCCCUUUUAUGAGACACAUUAUAGACACAUUUUGUCAGGAAGAGAUUUCGAAAGUCUGAAGAAAAAUAAAGACAGUCAGUGAAAAAAAAUGGAAACAACUAUGUGACUGUAUUUUUAUCUCCACAGGUGCUAAAGGAAAUGAUAAAGGGGAAUAUAUAUUAGAGAACCAAAUGGUGGAGACAAACACUGCUGGAGAGUGUGUUGUGUAUACAUCCAGACACUGGAGCGACUGUGAGCUUUUGUUUGGGAAGAAAGGAAGAAAUUUAAGACACCUGCUGAUCUUUUUUCCUUUUUAAAGGCAUUCAAACAAUUGUCACAGGACAAUAGGUAGAAAAGAGGUGUGUUGCACAUUGAGAACAACUAAUAAAAUGGUGGAUCUUAGUCAUACUAUAUGUGGUGUUUAAAGAUAUAAAUCUAGAUCCCAGUACAUCUAUUCAAAUUCGCACAUGCACAUGCUGGUGUGGAUAUUAUUUAAACCCAACCAAAAUAUGUUCUGCUGGACUUUUACAUGUUUUUAUUUGGGGGUUAUUGUAUCAUUAUUGAUGUAUGGUUUCUUUAUUACAUUUUUUCAGUCUUGUUGCUCAGUGACAAUUGUUUAAACUUAUUUUUUUUUUAAAGCAAAAGCCAACACAAAGAUCAGCAGUUGUCUUAAAUUUCUUCUUUUCUUCCCAAACAAAGCUCAUGAUUCAGAUUCACCAUUUCAUUAAUUGUACUCAAUGUGCAACACACCUGUUUACUUCCUAAAUAUCUCACAAUAUCUCAUAUAUAUAUAUAUCAUGCCAAAUUACGGGGAUAAUCUCAGUUAGCAUUUUGUAAGGCUAAUAUUAACCAACAUGUGGUAACAACAAAAAAUGUAAAUAUACACUUGAGUGGCUGUUUCUUGUGAAAACCUCACUUCUCAGACUCUUAUUUUGACAGUAUUGUUAUGAAGCUAAUUUAACAGCAUAUUUGCCAUAUGAUGUACUGUUGCACUUAAUCUUAUUAUAAAUUAGUG